AUGUCAACAGUUAGUUCUACUGGAGUGUUGGUCACAUUGGAACAAGCACAUGGCAGUGUAAUGAUAUUUACAUGGAUUGUUUUUGCUUCGACAGGAAUUUUAUUUGCGCGUUAUGGUCAUCUUUUGCAUUUUGGUGGAAAACGCAAAAUAUUAGGUGAUGAUAUUUGGUUUCAAUUUCAUCGAGCUAUUCUCAUAGUAGCUGCUAUUACGACACUGACCGGUUUUAUACUCGUUCUAGCUAAAGGGGACAAUGAAACAGUGUCAAAAAACAGAGAUAAAACUCGUUUAACAGUUCAUUCAGUAUUAGGCUAUAUUAUUGUAGCGUCUGUCAUAGUACAAGUUGCAAUGGGACUAUUUCGUUGUGGUCCUCAGAGUCCCUCUCGUUAUAUUUUCAACCGCAUUCAUCGAGCUGUUGGCAUAAUACCCUUUACAUUUUCCAUACCUGCCAUGUUCUUGGUUGCAUCGGUGCUUCAAAACAAUACGACAGGUCUCAUGGUUAUUCUUGCACUUUGGACUGGUUGGGUUGUUAUCCUCGUCAUUGUAUUGGAAAUUAUAAAACAUCGGUGUCAAGCAACUAGUGCAGAGAAAAACGAGACGACUCAACCUAGUAAAUUCAAUACUUUGAAAUUGUUUUUAUUUCUCGCAAAUUUUCUUGUUGCUUUAAGUCUUGCUAUUCCUCUUAUUGUCAUCGUAUGGCAACAAUAG